ACUCUUCAGCAGGAAGCCAAUGCCAGGGCAGCGCCCAUGAAGCCUUGCCCUGGCUUCAGAGCCUACCAGUAAGAUGACAUCAGAGCAGCCCUCCGUGGGGGCAGGAGAGUAGCAGCUCCCCUCACCUCUGGGGACAACACUUGAUGGCACAGCUGGAGGCAGUAGCCGUCUUUUCCCAUGGACCCUCCCCCCGGAUGGCUCUCGGGCCCUCGGAAGAAGAAACCCAGGCUGACAGGGGCCUUGGUGGCCUCCUCUCCUCAGGAUGUCAAAUUCCAAGAUUUGGUCCUCUUCAUCUUGGAGAAGAAAAUGGGAACCACCCGCAGAGCGUUCCUCAUGGAGUUGGCCCGGAGGAAGGGUUUCAGGGUUGAAAACGAGCUCAGCGAUUCUGUCACCCACAUCGUAGCGGAGAACAACUCGGGGUCAGAUGUUCUGGAGUGGCUCCAGAUACAGAAAAUAAAAGCCAGCUCACAGCUAGAGCUCCUUGAUGUCUCCUGGCUGAUAGAAUGCAUGAGAGCAGGGAAGCCGGUGGAGAUGACGGGAGAACACCAGUUGGUUGUGAGCAGAGACUGCUCAGCUUGUCCCAGCUCAGGCCCCCAGAAGGCACCACCACUUGCUGUACAAAAGAUCUCCCAGUACGCGUGUCAGAGAAGAACCACUUUAAACAACCAUAACCAGAUUUUCACGGAUGCCUUUGACAUACUGGCCGAAAAUGAUGAGUUUAGAGAAAAUGAAGGCCCCUGUCUGACGUUUAUGAGAGCAGCUUCUGUACUGAAAUCUCUGCCAUUCACAAUCAUCAGUAUGAAGGACAUAGAAGGAAUCCCCUGCCUGGGAGACAGGGUGAAGUCUAUCAUAGAGGAAAUUAUUGAAGAUGGGGAAAGUUCUGCAGUUAAAGCUGUUUUAAACGAUGAACGAUACAAGUCCUUCAAGCUCUUCACUUCUGUGUUUGGAGUGGGGUUGAAGACCUCUGAGAAAUGGUUCAGGAUGGGCUUCAGAACUCUGAGUAACAUAAGGUCGGACAAAAGCCUGACAUUUACACGAAUGCAGCGAGCAGGAUUCCUCUAUUACGAAGACCUUGUCAGCCGUGUGACCAGGGCGGAAGCAGAGGCCGUUGGCGUGCUGGUGAAAGAGGCUGUCUGGGCGUCUCUGCCGGAUGCCUUCGUCACCAUGACAGGAGGGUUCCGGAGGGGUAAGAAGACCGGGCACGAUGUUGAUUUUUUAAUUACCAGCCCAGGAGCAACCGAGGAAGAAGAACAGCAACUUUUACAUAAAGUGAUAAGCUUAUGGGAACAUAAGGGAUUGCUUUUGUACUAUGACCUUGUGGAGUCGACUUUUGAAAAGCUCAAGUUGCCCAGCCGGAAGGUCGAUGCUCUGGACCACUUUCAAAAAUGCUUUCUGAUCUUAAAGUUGCACCAUCAGAGAGUGGACAGUGACCAGUCCAGCUGGCAGGAGGGGAAGACCUGGAAGGCCAUCCGUGUGGACCUAGUCGUGUGCCCCUAUGAGCGCCGUGCCUUUGCCCUGCUGGGGUGGACCGGUUCCCGGCAGUUCGAGAGAGACCUCCGGCGCUAUGCCACGCACGAGCGGAAGAUGAUAAUUGAUAACCAUGCCUUGUAUGACAAGACCAAGAGGAUCUUCCUCGAGGCAGAAAGUGAAGAGGAGAUUUUUGCACAUCUGGGACUGGAUUACAUUGAACCGUGGGAAAGAAACGCCUAGCAAGAUGCCGUCGAUGUUUUUUUCUGUUCACGGCAGCUUAAAUAAAUGAUGCUUCGUGUUAGUAAAAG